GCUGUCUAUCUCAUAGCAUUUAUAUGCUUACUCCACAUUGAUGAGAUGUUGAACAUCCAAGCCCAUAAGAUUGAUGUCUACAAUAAUGUAGUUGAUAACACUGUCUGUGCUUCGAUCACCCUUUCUUUUCAUAAAAAUACACCAUUUGACAGUAAGUGCAUUGAGCUACUACAGUGCUAUUGCCUGCUGACUUCUCUCACCACAUGGAUUGACACCUCAGAUAUCAAUGAAGGGAAUCUUUUUCCCAACAUUAAUAAAUGUGACUGUCCCAUCACUAUCAAGAACACUACAAUGGUAAGUUAUGAGUUCCAUAUGCUAUAUGCAAGUAGCUCAUACUCAUUCAGAACUUGUAUCACACCAUACCAUUAUAGUACACAUUCUUUUUUCCAUGGUGGAUGUCAGUGGUUCUCAUGCAAUCUUUGUUGA